AUGGAUGUUCAACAGCAACUACAACAGCAGCAACAGCAACAACAGCAACAACAACAACAAAAGACAUCCUCCUCAUCAUCUGAUAGUAACAAUAUCGGAGAAGGAUCAUCAUUCAAGUCAGCAGACAAACUUUACUAUAAUCAAUGGUCUAUUCACCAACAACAACAAGAUGUCGAAGUCAUGACCAACCUAUCGUUUAUUAUUAGUUCUCAAAUUGAUAACUUGUUAUCAAUGUUGACAAAGAAAUCAUAUAAAUCAAUAUGUUCUGAUAUUGCUCAGAUCAUAAAUCAAUUUGGAAAUCAAGCAGAGAUUUUCUUGUUUAGAAAGUUGAUUGAUAGUAUUGACUUUAAGGACCCAAAGGACGCAUUCAAAAUCCAAUUGUUUAGAGACGAGUUUUCAAGAUUGAUGAAACAGCCACACUUUACGACCGUCCUCUGCAAAGCCUUUGAAGGUGUCGAUAAUUUGAAUCAAGAGUUUCUCACAACCUUUUCACAACUCUUAAAACUCACUCCUCCACAAGAAAUAUUAUUAGGUUUGGCCAUCUCUCAUUCUCUUAAUCCACAAAUGAAAGAACAAGGAGAAAAAUAUUUAUUAUCAAUUCCACAAACAAAUAUUAAAUCAUUGCCAGAGAAUGUACUUCAUCAUCUAUUGUUCAAGUACAAGGUACAAGAAGCUGAAGGUGGAGGUAAUGGAGAGGUUCUCAAAUAUAUCCAGUCGCUCCUCCCUCCCACUCCAUCGCUCGCGUUGUCUCCGUUCAUGUCGCCAUCAGACGACGUGUCGAUUCCCAACUCGAAGCGUUCACUCGUCGACAAUGCCAGCCAAUUUGUACAUUCACUCAUCCAAAAGGUGGCGUCGUCCAACAGCAACAGUGCGGUACAGCUGAUCCAGAGCGUCGGCUUCUCGGCCUGCGCAUCGUCUGCUGCACUCAAGGAGCUGCUCGCCCAAUUCCCCCGUCUCUCAGAGUCGGACGUUGCACAGGCGAUUGGUAUGAUGGCCGAGACCACCUCUCAUCCUCCACCAACCUCUGAUUCGAAUGCUCAAGUUCCACUCAUCCUCUCGUUUGGUCAACAGCCCCAACAACAACAACAACAGUCAUCUCCACCAAUGGUUCAACCACUAACUCCAAAAGAAGGUGAUGAAGCAGUGUUGUUGGAGAGCAGCAAGGCUUGGAACUACCCAGUCUUUGUUGACGUUAUCAAAGAGUUGUAUCCAUCACUCGACUGGUCGACCGUCAUCCGAGAACUCGAUCAUCCAGGCUUCAUUCUUCAUGACCAAAGAGGUCUGUCCCUCAUCUUGGCCAUUUUCAAACGCGCAUCUCCCAAUGAGAGAUUCCCGGUACACCAUAUCCUCGACUGUGCCUGGAACAACUCGAUUGGCCAGAUCUCCUUUAUCAAGGUAGCCCUUCAAUCCGACUUUCCAUUCCACUUUUCCCAAAAGAAACGUAUCGAAUACUCUGCACUUGGCAAAGUUUCCCAAACUGUCGCCCACUGGAAUUCACUUUCUCUUAUUGAGAUUUUGUUAACUCUCUCUGAAAUCGAUCAAGAACACUAUUAUCGUACCAGAGCUCUAUUCGAAUACCCUCUUAAACAUUGUCCAGAGCUUUUAUUAAUGGGUCUUGCUAGUUUAAUUAAUCAAAUGGGAAAUUUAUUAUUAAAAGAAAUUUUAUCAAUUUUAUUCCAAUCAUUAUUGUUUAACCAUAAUUAUCAAGCUUAUAUUUCUCAAUUAUGGAAAGAAAACCCAAAUAUCGUUGUAUUUGGUAUGACCGAUAUUUAUCUUAAAGAUAAUUCAACCUUGUCAAGAUUAUUAGAUGUUGCACAAGAAUUAAAAAUAUUAUUACAAUUAUUAAGUACAAAAAGUUAUUAUCCAUUUAUUAUUGAAUUGGCAUUGUUGGCAAGUCAAAGAGAAUUUUUAUUUUUAGAGAAAUGGUUACAAGAUCGUCUAAAGGAGGAUUCAAACGAUUAUGAAUUUGCUCGAGCAUCUUCUUUAUUCCUUCAUGAUCGUGUCACUAGAAAACUCAAAGGAACAGAACCACUUGGCCAUAUUACCUCGGUUGUCAUUCUCGCCAAGCUCUAUGAAACCUUGAUCAAGACUGUCGAUAUCUAUCCAUCAGACAUUGGAGUCAUCCUCAAAGACAUUAAUCCAAAGUUUGAAGAUAUCCUCAAUCAACAGGCAAUCUCUCAAACUGGUAUACCACUUCAACAACAACAAUCUUCUCCACAACAUCAACAACAAUUAGGUGGUGGUGGUGGUCCAAACAAUGGCACCGAAAGAAGAUUCCCAGAGGAAAUUGAAGAAGAGACCAAUGCUUACUUUAUUAAACUCUAUCAUGAAGAAAUCUCUGUUGAACAAAUCAUUGCAAUUCUUAAAGAAUAUAAAUCUUCUCAAAAUCAAAGGGAACAAGAAAUUUAUCAAUGUUUAUUAUUUAAUUUGUUUGAUGAAUAUAAAUUCCUUUCAGGUUAUCCAGACAAGGAAUUGAGAAUUACAGCAUUGUUGUUUGGAUCAUUGAUAAAGUAUCAGUUGAUUUCAAGUCAGGCAUUGCGUAUUGCAUUGAAAUAUGUGUUGGAGGCGUUGAAACAUCCGGUAAACUCUAAUCUUUUCAUAUUUGGUGUCAAUUCAUUGGUUUCCUUUGCCAACCGAUUGGUCGAGUGGCCACAGUAUUGGACUCAGGUGUGUUCAAUCGACCACUUUAAAAACUAUAUGAAUGGUGACUUGGUCAAGCAGAUUUCAUCCAUCAUUGAAGUCACUAAAAAGUCACCAGCCGAUGCUAGUCUCCGUGCAAUGAACUCUCCACCAACAUCGAUCCAAGAUGAAAACCUCGACAAUGCAUCCGACAAGUCAUUGUUUAUGAGUGAUCAACAAAAGUUGCAACAUCAAGAAGCAAGUAAUCAUCAUCAACAACAUCAUGGUGGACAAAAUGUUGGUCAACAGCAGCAGCAACAACAACAACAACAGCAACCAAGUGGACAAACUUCCUAUUCUUCAGCAGGACAAAAGCCAUCAAAUACUGUUGGUGGUGGAAAUGAUGGAGGUGAUGAUCAAAAUAAUCCGUACAAUAGUCAACAACAACAAAAGGAUAAUAAUGGUUCAAAGAAAAAAGAGAGUAAAAAGGACAACAACAUUGAAGAGAUUGUGUCUAGUACAGGUUUACCACUUGGUACAAUCAAGCAAUGUGAGAAUCACGAGCUUAUCGAACCAGAGGAAGUGAUUCGUGACAAGAUGUUUUUCAUCAUUAAUAAUGUCAGUAUGUACAACCUCGAUGCCAAGGUCAAGGAGAUGAAGGAUAUUCUCAAGCCUGAAUUCUUCCCCUUUUUGGCACAAUACCUCGUUCACAAGCGUGUGUCGAUCGAACCAAACUUCCACAAUGUGUAUAUGCAGUUCCUCGAUCGAUUGAACAUUCUAGAGUUCCACGCUCAGAUUCUCUUCUUUACUCAACACUAUAUCCAUACGUUACUCAGUUCGGAAAAGAUCAAGACCGAUCAUUCUGAGCGUACACUGUUAAAGAAUCUCGGUGGUUGGAUUGGUAUGUUGACACUUGGAAAGAACAAGCCAUUGUUGCAAAAGUUUAUCUCGCCCAAGGAUCUCCUCAUUUAUGCCGCCGACACUGGACUGAUGAUUGCAGUCGUUCCAUUUGUCACCAAGGUACUCGACAGCUGUCAGACAUCACGUGUGUUUAAACCACCUAAUCCAUGGGUGAUGGCCAUUGUCCGUUUGCUUGGUGAGAUUUACCAGCUCAAGGAAAGCAAGAACAAUAUCAAGUUUGAGAUUGAGUUGUUGCUUGCCAACCUCAAGCUUGACUUGGCCGAUAUCAAGCCGUCGACACUCAUCAAGGAUCGUCGCGAGGAGAUGCAGCGUAUGCUCGAGAUGGAGCAGCGCCAACACUCGAUGAUGCCACAUCAACAGCUGCCAUCGGCACUCGAGUUGCUCCAAAAUCUGCCUGGGUACAUUCAGUACAGUUCGUCGCUCGGUCCAUUGCUCGCAUCACCCGUCUUUAAAAAGGCAGUGCCCGCAGCGAUUGAGCGUGGUAUCAAGGAGAUUAUCGGUCCUGUUGUCGAACGUUCUGUGGCGAUUGCCGUCAUCACCUCCAAGGAGCUGGUCAGCAAGGACUUUGCGACCGAAGCUGAUGAGCGCAAGAUGAAAAAGGCGUCGCAUCUCAUGGUACAGAAUCUCGCUGGCAGUUUGGCGUUGGUGACGUGCAAGGAUCCGUUGCGCGUUGGUAUCUCUACUCAUUUGCGUAGUUUCUUGUUGAGCUCGACCGGUGCUCAGGCCGACCAACAGCUGCCACCCCAGCUCGAGAUGGCACUCAACACUGUCAUCCAAGACAAUCUCGACUUUGCUUGUUCGAUUGUCGAGCGUGCCGCCACGGAAAAGGCAGUCAUUGAUAUUGACACGGUGCUAGCGUCUAGCUAUGCCGAGCGUCUCAAGCACAAGGAGACCGCUCCACACCAACCCUACUUUGACUUUGGAUACCUCACUACCAACAUUUACAACAAUCUGCCAGAACCACUCCGUCCCAAACCCGGAGGUAUCCAGCCAGAUCAGUUCCGCGUGUACGAGGAUUUCCUCAACCUUCCCCACCACGCCAAUAUUGCUGCCAUGGUACAGGGAUCGUCCGACAUUGAUCCACAGCAACAGCAACAACAACAACAAGCUGCUCAACUCCAACAAUUGCAGCAACAACAGCUUCAACAACAAGCUGCUCAGUUACAACAACAGCAACUCCAACAACAAGCUGCUCAACUCCAGCAACAACAACAGCAACAGCAACAACAACAACAAACCAUCUCCAAUGGCGAGUUGCUCGAAAAGUUUGGCUACAUGCUCAACGAAGUCGACAAGUUGGGUAUGUUGCGUGCUCAACAAAAUGCACCAAUCGAGUUUGACCUACUCUACAGUAUCGUUCAACAGAUGGGAUCGUUUGUAGUGACAUCUGCCAACCAAAACGAAUUGUUGCAACAGUUUGCACAAAAGUUGUUUAGUCGUUUGGGUGACCCUGACAAGAAGCUCCUCUAUGAAGUCUACUUUGAAUUGCUCGAAGUACUCAAAGAGUGGGAUCUCAAGAUUGUCAAUGUUCUCAACUCGUUGUUACACUUUUCAUCGGUUGACAAGAAAUUGAACCGUAUCCUCAUCUAUGGUCUCAUCAUCCAUCAGCUCAUCAAUGUCAAUGACUAUGAUCAACAAUUGGCACAGCUCAUGUUGGAGGGUAGAACCGCAUCUCAAGCCUUUGAGUUUGCCAUUUCUCUCAUUCGAUUCACUGUGAUUGAGAAUGCCUAUGCUGUACCAAGCGAGUUUGCCAUCACCAUCGAGUUGCUCAACAAAAUGGCACAACGUGGUAGUUCAGACAUGCUUCUCAAGACGGUCGAGGACGCCAAGAACCAACCAGACGAAAAGAAACGUCGUAUCUCUCGUAUCAAACAGGAAGAGAUGAAUCGCGAUCCACCAGGUCUCAAAGACGCCGUCUGUUCAUUGCUCCAAGACUGGCUUGUCUUUUCUACUGCCAAUAGUGACCACAAGAUCCAGAUUCAGUAUCUCCAACAGGUACUCCAACUCAACAUGAUGAAGAAUGAAAUAUACUUUCAAAAGUUCUUCCGUAUGGGUUUGGAAUGGGCUGUUGAAAAGUAUAUGGCUAGUUAUAUUGAAUCAUUACAACAAGCUCAACCAACUCAACCACAACAACAGCAACAGGCUGCUGCAGCACAAUCUGCCAAUUAUAUGGAGAUUGACGCGUAUUGCAAGUUUGUAGUGAUGAUGGUCAAACAUGGUGACAACACACAUUUGACAGUUCUCACAAAGGUACUUGGGUUCCUUAUCAAGUUACUCACCAAGGAUUAUGAGACUUAUGGAUUUAGAUUUAAUCAACGUCCAUACCUACGUAUCUUUGAGAAUCUUAUGACUGAUCUCAAUGCACCCGACCCUAUUCUCGAACAGUCUAGUAUCUCGAUUCUCUACUGCUUUGUCAAUGCACUUGCCACUCUUCAACCACAGAAAUACCCUGCAUUCUGUUUUGCCUGGCUCGACCUCAUCUCACAUCGUUCGUUUAUGCCCAAGCUACUCGCUAAACCCAUGCAACAACAACAGACACCACAACAAGUCCAACAACAUCAACAGCAAAAGGCGUGGUUCCAUACUCUGCUCGUACAACACUUUAAGUUCCUCGACCCGUUCCUCAGAGGUGUUGACGUGUCUGAACCACUCCGUCUGCUCUACAAGGGUACACUCAAGAUCCUCCUCGUACUCUUGCACGACUUCCCAGAGUUUUUGUGUGAAUACCAUUUCUCGUUUUGUGAUGUGAUCCCCGCCACCUGUAUCCAACUACGUAACUUGGUAUUGUCUGCAUUCCCACGUAGUAUGCGUCUGCCAGAUCCCUUUACACCCAAUCUAAAGGUUGACCUCUUGCCAGACAUUAACCAUCCACCCAAGAUAUCUAGCAACUUUACACUCGCCCUAAAGGGACUCAAAAACGAGAUUGACAGUUACCUCAAGAUCCGUGGUCCACCAUCGUUUUUGGCUGAGCUCAAGAACAAGUAUCUUAUGCUCGAACCUGGAGAAGACAUUAUCGCUGGUACUCGUUACAAUGUCCCACUCAUCAACUCGCUCGUGCUCUAUGUCGGUACCCUCGCCAUACCCCAAGUACAACGCAAGAAUGGUGGAGGAGCAGCCUCACCAACUCACAAUGCUCCAAUGGAUAUCUUCCAUCGUCUCUGUAUCGACCUCGAUCCCGAAGGAAGAUACCUCUUCUUUAACGCAAUCACCAAUCAAUUACGUUAUCCAAAUAGUCAUACUCAUUACUUUAGUUGUGUACUCUUGUAUCUUUUCGCUGAAGCUAAUCAAGAAGUUAUUAAAGAACAAAUUACUAGAGUAUUACUUGAAAGAUUAAUUUCAAACAAACCACAUCCAUGGGGAUUAUUAAUUACCUUUAUUGAAUUGAUCAAGAACCCAAGAUACAAUUUCUGGAGUCAUUCAUUUACUCGUAUUGCCCCUGAAAUUGAACAGCUAUUUGAAUCUGUUGCAAAAAGUUGUAUGAAUAGAGGUGAUUCUUCAAAUCCAAAUCAAUAA